AUGUCGAACUUGGCUUCUCUCCCUCCUUCCAUCCUCCAUAAGAUUCUCUCAAAGGUAGCAACAUGUCACAUCCGGGACUUCGAUAGUGCUAGAAUUGCUUUCUCCGGGUUUAAUCAAAUCGGCAGAGAUGACUACUUCUACCGAUCUGCUGAUCUCAUUCACUUCAAUGAUUGGAUUUAUGAGGUUAAUGCUGUAAGAAAAUUCAGACUUAUGUGCUACCAAACCGGUAAUCCAGAGGCCACCUACUUCCGCGGUAUGUAUGAGUACUUCUACCUCCAUUUACUUGAUCAAGGAAGAGAGAAAAUCCAUCUUGCUGCUGAGAGAGGAUUGUUGUUAGCCAAGUAUGUAGAUGGAAUGCUCAACUUAGCGUUUAGUGUAGAUGAUGGAAGGUUGGUUCACAACUAUCCUAACUUCACUCGUGAAUUUGCUGAUCGGCUGUAUUACAUGAUCAUGAAUAAUAUAUGCUCAGCCCAUUGUGGUUAUGAAAAACCUGAGGUGUUUACGUCUCUACUGCAAAGAAUAAAGCCUUGGUCCGUCUCAAAGGAUUGCCUGUGCUCCGCAGUAGAAGAACCGGUGUUUGUAGAGUCCUUAGAUGGAUCAAGAACACAGUGGAUAUGCGAUCGUUGUUUCUGGCAAUGUGCAGUUUGA